AUGAGCCCGCUCUUUGUGGUCCGCAUCGUGGCCUUCUGGAUAACAGCCGAAGUCGCCGCGCAAACAUGCAAAGACCGCGCGGUCGACGGCAGCGUACUGUUGGUCCACGGCCAAUUUCUCCAUGACGCCUCGCUGGCAGGGUUCGAAAUGCACAAGCAGCAACGGAAAACGCUCCUGAAGAGGCAAACGCUACCAGAGCAGCUUCUUCUGAAGCAGCGAACCAGGCGAAGAGCGACGCAAUCUCUGCACGGCGGCGAUCAACGCCCUCUCGGUACGGAUGCGCACAGCGGUGCUUUGCUCGACGCUUCGCAUCGGGUCCGCGCGUUGUCACGAAGCCGGACCUUGGCAUCGCACAAGCUUCAACAUGUCGCGCUCGAUCCAGACGGUUCCGAUGAUGGCCGUGGUGAGCUUCCUGAAUGUUUCUGCGUCGUCGUGCUGGUCGGCCAGUUUUUGGAACUGCGACUACGAAGCGCGUCCGACCCACUGCGAGGCCUCGGCCAAACCACGCGUAAAGCCUGUGCCCAGCAGACGCACUACGCCCGGCUCGAUUCGGCGCAGCAGGAUCUCAUCCCGGCAAGACAGGGCCACCAUCGGCUCGGAACGCUGCACCCGCCCGUUGUACCCACCAAGCAGGGCAACGCACGAGACCCGAGAUAUGACGCACUGAACUUACUCGAGGCGGCAUUUGCACGGUUGCUGCGUCCCAGCAUGAGCCGACACAGUCGAGCGCAGCACGACGAGCUCCAUAUUCCCGAGGACAGGGCGCUGGUCAGGACAGGUUGGAUGCAGUCUGCUCUGCAAAGCCUAUCGUCGAGGCGCUGGCAGUACGCCAAGCACCACGGAAGGCCGCCCGUCAAGCGUGACGAUGAAGUUAUGCGUCGGCCCGCCGUCGUGCUGCUGUUUCUGCCAACACCAGCUUGGGAGCAAGUGUCGAGGCUCGAAGCUAGUGCCAGCGUCAGGCUUCCACGGCUGCACGCAGAAGGCCAAAGCACAUCGCGAUCGCAGAUUUUCCCGCCGCACCGCGGCACAGCAGCUGUGACGCUCGCUCGAGGGAUGGACAGGAGCAGCAGCGAUCGGCGUGCCGGGCGUGCCGCGCGAGUCCAAAGUUUUCGAGGCUCGGCUCUUGCGGCCUGGGGUGCCAAGCUCAACGCUUCAAGUUUGUUCGAAAUCUCCGCGUCGGCCUUUGCGUCACACCCACAACCGCGGAUCGCCAGCCGUGCCUCACCUUGCCGCCUCGAAGAUUUGCGCGGCCCAGCGAGUUGGCGGAGUGCCUUGGCCGAUGCAAACCCAACCCCUGAGCUUGGUUUCGCAUCGAUUUUCUACGCCCUGGAAGCAGUCCAUGAAUUGCCCAAGGCAAGUAGGGGGAAGGCGCUAGGUGCGCACGUUGCUUGCGAAGCUGGGAUUGCUGGGAUGCGCUUGGGGGCAGAGGAGGGCGGCGGCGCGCGUGCUGUAGCCGUCCUCUGGCAUGCGAAGCCGACGCCCGACCAGCUCGGCCCUCGAGCAGCAACGUCCGAUGCACUGGCGCACUGCCUCGGCCUCCAACUCUCUCUCGCUCCGUCUCCAGUGCCUGCUGCUGCGCCUCGCUCCGCGCCUCCUCCGAACCGCCUUGGCAGCGAACCGCCCUCUGCUGUUGCCAGCGCUCACCGACCGAGCCUCAUCCUGCACACCGCAGCCAGCCGCCAGCCAAGCAGCGAUAUCGAUUCCUUCCCCUCCCUAACCCCGACAGGUCGAUUCGAGGCAGGCGACAUCCAAACGAGACGACAAGUGCUCGACUGCAUCCUAUCCAUCGUUGCCGUCAACACCGCUUCCUCUCGCUUGUUCCUCUUCAUCUGCCUGGCGCUUCGACAUCCAACGACAGUCCGAUCGACAUCCGCUUGCGGGCCUCGUGUUUUUACGUCGAACGACUACAGCGAAGCAACCCGCUUGUAUACAGGCUGCAUCGUCUCAUCCAACUCAUCUCUUUCGGUCUCUCGUCUGCACGAUCAACGCCCACGUUCUCGCCAGCACAAGCACUCGACAGCGGCGCUUUCGCCACCACUCCCUUCGCCCGGCAUGUCGUCCAAUCACGGCGCCGGUGGCAUUCCACCCCACCAUCAGCAGCCGCCCAUGAACCCUUUCGCCGGCGCUGCCUUCCACGAGGACCAGGGCAGCGAGUCCGGCUUCUUCCCCACCGAGCGUAGAGACACAUACGCCUCGGAACGAUCCGAUGGCGAACUCAUCCCCGGUCACGGCUACGACGCCGAUUCGUACGAGGGCGGCGCUUACAAGGACAGCUAUGCCUACUCUGCUGAAUCCGCUUCGCGUGGCUACACGCCCGGUCCCGGCAGCCAGUUCGGCCAGGGCUCCUACGCCCCCUCGGGCAUCUCAAGCCCGCAUCCCGACGCUGGCGCCGGCGGAUACCGUCAGCGCGAGCCCUACCCGGCUUGGACCGCAGAGCACAACAUCCCGCUCUCCAAAGAGGAGAUCGAGGACAUCUUCAUCGACCUCGCCAACAAGUUCGGCUUCCAGCGCGACAACAUGCGCAACAUGUACGACCACAUCAUGAUCAUGCUCGACUCGCGCUCCAGUCGCAUGACGCCCCAGCAGGCGCUCAUGACGCUCCACGCCGACUACAUCGGUGGCGAGCACGCAAACUACCGCAAGUGGUACUUUGCCGCACAGCUCGACCUCGACGACGCCAUCGGCAAGGUGCAGAACCCCGGCCUCGCCCGCGCCGCCAGCAUGGCCAACCGCGGCCGCAACGCAGGCAGCGCCGCCGCCAAGCUCCAGACGGCUAGCGCCAAGUCGCUCCAAUCCGCCUCGGCCCGAUGGCGCGACGCCAUGCUCAAGAUGAGCGACUACGACCGUCUGCGCCAGGUCGCGCUCUACCUCCUCUGCUGGGGCGAAGGUGGCCAGGUGCGAUUCGUGCCCGAGUGUCUCUGCUUCAUCUUCAAGUGCGCCGACGACUACUACCGCUCGCCAGAGUGCCAGAACCGCAUGGAGCCCGUGCCCGAGGGCCUCUACCUCCGCGCCGUCGUCAAGCCGCUCUACCGCUUCCUCCGCGACCAGGUCUUCGAGGUCGUCGACGGCAAGUUCGUCAAGAAGGAGAAGGACCACGACAAGAUCAUCGGAUACGACGACGUCAAUCAGCUCUUCUGGUACCCCGAGGGCAUCGGCAGGAUCAUCCUCAACGACAAGACGCGUCUCGUCGACGUGCCUCCGAGCCAGCGCUUCAUGAAGUUUGACAAGAUCGACUGGCCUCGCGUCUUCUUCAAAACUUACAAGGAGAAGCGAUCGUUCUUCCACCUGCUCGUCAACUUCAACCGAAUCUGGAUCCUGCAUAUCUCGGUCUUCUUCUACUACACGGCCUACAACGCGCCCAAAAUCUACGCCCGCUCGCGAAACCCCACCACCGCCGAGUCGCUCUCGGCCGCUGGUCUCGGUGGUGCCGUGUCGUCGCUCAUCAUGAUUGCUGCCACCAUGGCCGAGUUCUCGUACAUCCCCACCACGUGGAACAACACGAGCCACCUCAUGCGCCGCAUGAUCUUCCUCGCCAUCUGUCUCGCCGUCACCGUCGCUCCUGCCGUCUACGUCUUUGGCUUCAACAACAAGGGCAACAUCGCCAACAUCAUCGCCAUCGUCCACCUCGCCUUGGCCGGAUGCAUCACCGCGCUCUUCUCCAUCAUCCCCUCGGGCCGCAUGUUUGGCGACCGCGUGGCGGGCAAGGCUCGCAAGUACCUGGCCAACCAGACCUUCACCGCCUCGUACGCGCCUCUGGUCAAGAGCCACCGCGCCAUCUCGAUCCUGCUCUGGGCGCUCGUGUUCGGAUGCAAGCUCACCGAGUCGUACUUCUUCCUCACCCUCUCCUUCCGUGAUCCUCUGGCCGUCAUGAUCACCAUGAAGGUGCAGGGAUGCAGCGACAAGUACUUCGGCACCGCGCUCUGCUCCAACCAGCCGGCGUUUGCGUUGACCUUCAUGACCAUCAUGGAUCUCAGUCUCUUCUUCCUCGACACCUUCCUGUGGUACGUCAUCUGGAACACCGUCUUCUCCAUCGGCUGGUCCUUCCACAUGGGUCUCUCCAUCUGGACCCCCUGGUCCGACAUCUUCCAGCGUCUGCCCAAGCGCAUCUACGCCAAGCUGCUCGCCACCGCCGACAUGGAGAUCAAGUACAAGCCCAAGGUGCUCGUCUCGCAGGUGUGGAACGCCAUCAUCAUCUCGAUGUACCGCGAGCAUCUGCUCUCCAUCGACCACGUUCAGAAGCUGCUCUACCACCAGGUGCCCGCCGGCGAGAACGGCAAGCGCACGCUCCGCGCCCCGACCUUCUUCAUCAGCCAGACCGACAAGGGAAUCAAGCCCGAGUUCUUCCCCAAGGGCUCCGAGGCCGAGCGCAGGAUCAGCUUCUUUGCCCAGUCGCUCACCACCGCGCUUCCCGAGCCGCUGCCCAUCGACGCCAUGCCCACCUUCACCGUCCUCGUGCCCCACUACUCCGAGAAGAUCCUGCUUUCGCUCCGCGAGAUCAUUCGCGAGGAGGACCAGAACACGCGUGUGACGCUGCUCGAAUAUCUCAAGCAGCUCCACCCCGUCGAAUGGGACAACUUCGUCAAGGACACCAAGAUCCUCGCCGAAGAGUCGCAGGGCUUCGGCGGCAACUCGCCCUUCGGCGGCGACAGCGACGAGAAGUCGGGUACCAAGAACUCGGCCAAGGCGGACGACCUUCCCUUCUACUGCAUCGGUUUCAAGUCGGCCGCGCCCGAGUAUACGCUGCGAACCCGUAUCUGGUCGUCGCUGCGCGCUCAGACGCUCUACCGUACCGUGUCCGGUUUCAUGAACUACUCCAAGGCCAUCAAGCUCCUCUACCGUGUCGAGAACCCCGAGGUGGUGCAACUGUUCGGCGGCAACACCGAGAAGCUCGAGCGCGAACUCGAGCGCAUGUCGCGUCGCAAGUUCAAGUUUGUCAUCUCGAUGCAGCGCUACUCCAAGUUCAACAAGGAGGAGCAGGAGAACGCCGAGUUCCUGCUGCGUGCCUACCCCGACCUGCAGAUCGCCUACCUCGACGAGGAGGCGCCCCGCAAGGAAGGUGGCGAGUCGCGCUGGUUCUCGGCCCUCGUCGACGGUCACUCGGAGAUCCUGCCCAGCGGAAAGCGUCGCCCGAAGUUCCGCGUCGAGCUGCCCGGUAACCCGAUUCUCGGUGACGGCAAGUCGGACAACCAGAACCACGCCAUCAUCUUCAACCGCGGCGAGUACGUCCAGCUGAUCGAUGCCAACCAGGACAACUACCUCGAGGAGUGCCUCAAGGUUCGCAGCGUCCUCGGCGAGUUUGAGUCCUUCAACGUCUCCAACCAGAACCCGUACGGAUCCGGCCACCAGGAGUUCGCCAAGGCGCCCGUUGCGAUUCUCGGUGCGCGUGAGUACAUUUUCUCGGAGAACAUCGGUAUCCUCGGUGACGUCGCCGCCGGUAAGGAGCAGACGUUCGGUACCAUGGCCGGUCGUGGUCUUGCACAGAUCGGUGGUAAGCUGCAUUACGGUCACCCCGAUUUCCUCAACACCAUCUUCAUGACCACGCGCGGUGGUGUGUCCAAGGCGCAGAAGGGUCUCCACCUCAACGAGGACAUCUACGCCGGCAUGACUGCCUUCGGUCGAGGAGGCCGCAUCAAGCACGUCGAGUACUACCAGUGUGGCAAGGGCCGUGACCUGGGUUUCGGCACGAUCCUCAACUUCACCACCAAGCUCGGCAACGGAAUGGGUGAGCAGAUGCUGUCGCGCGAGUACUACUACCUCGGCACGCAGCUGCCCGUCGACCGCUUCCUCACGUUCUACUACGGCCAUCCCGGAUUCCACAUCAACAACAUCCUCGUCAUCCUCUCGGUGCAGCUCUUCAUGUUCACCAUGGUCUUCAUCGGCACGCUCAACUCGCAGCUGCGCGUGUGCGCCACGACCAACAGCGAGUACAUUGUCGGCACCGGCGGCUGCUACUACCUCAACCCGGUCUUCCUCUGGAUCAAGCGUACCAUCAUCAGCAUCUUCCUCGUCUUCAUGAUCGCCUUCCUGCCGCUCUUCCUGCAGGAGCUCUCGGAGCGCGGCGCCGUCUCGGCCUUUGUCCGUCUGGCCAAGCACUUCAUGAGUCUCAGUCCGAUCUUCGAGGUCUUCUCCACCAUGACCUACUCGCACUCGAUCAUCUCCAACUUGACGUUCGGCGGUGCGCGAUACAUUGCCACCGGCCGAGGUUUCGCCACGACGCGUCAGAGCUUCGCGCUGCUGUACAGCCGAUUCGCCGGUCCUUCGAUCUACUCGGGCAUGCGUCUGCUGCUCUUGCUGCUCUACAUUACGCUCACGCUCUGGAUUCCGCACCUGAUCUACUUCUGGAUCAGCAUCCUGGCGCUCUGCAUCGCUCCCUUCCUCUUCAACCCGCACCAGUUCUCGGCCUCGGACUUCAUCAUCGACUACCGCGAGUUCCUGCGCUGGAUGUCGCGCGGCAACAGCCGCAGCCACGCCAACUCGUGGAUCGGCUACUGCCGUCUGAGCCGAACCAAGGUGACGGGUUACAAGAAGAAGCGUCUCGGUCACCCGAGCGAGAAGCUGGCGGGCGACGUGCCUCGUGCCGGCUGGAGGACGAUCCUCUUCGCCGAGGUCAUCUUCCCCAUCUGCCUUGCCGUCAUCUUUGUGGUCGCCUACGCCUUCGUCAAGAGUUUCCACCAGACCGGAGACCCGCCUCAGGGUGCGAUUGUGCGCAUCGCCAUCAUUGCGCUCGGCCCGAUCGUGUGGAACGCCGCGAUCCUACUGGUGCUCUUCCUGAUCAGCAUGUUCCUCGGCCCGGCGCUCAACAACUGCUGCGCCAAGUUCGGCUCCAUCAUGGCUUCGAUCGCCCACGUGCUUGCCGUCAUCGGCGUCAUCGCCGCCUUCGAGUUCCUCUGGUUCCUCGAGCUGUGGAACGCCUCGCACGCCGUGCUCGGCAUCAUCGCCGUCAUCGCGAUCCAGCGUGCCAUCUUCAAGAUCCUCAUCGCGCUCGUGCUCUCGCGUGAGCUCAAGCACGACGAGACGAACCGCGCCUGGUGGACGGGCCGCUGGUACGGACGCGGCCUCGGCGGCCACGCCUUCAGCCAGCCGGCACGUGAGUUUGUGGUCAAGAUCAUCGAGAUGUCGCUCUUCUCGGCGGACUUCAUCACGGCGCACAUCCUGCUAUUCGGCCUGUCGCUGCCGUGCCUGAUCCCGUACUUUGACAAGCUGCACUCGACGGCGCUCUUCUGGCUGCGACCGUCGAAGCAGAUCCACGCGCCCAUCUUCUCGCUGCGCCAGCGCAAGCAGCGCAGGUCGAUCGUGUGGAGGUAUCUGGUGCUCUUCGUGUUUGCGUAUGCGGUCUUCCUGGCGCUGAUCGUGCUUCCUGCGAUCUUCUCGUCGACGAUCGACCUGAACUGCUCGUUCUGCAAGUCGCUCUGA